AUGUUCCCCUUCUCGUGCGAAUGGAGAGUCAAGUUCCACCGUCAAAGGGCCCCUGCUGCGCGGACGUUCCUAGGGCUUCGGGUGAAUGCGGCUAUACCAUCCACUAUCAACAGCAGUGCCCGAGCAAGCCCUUGGAAGUUCCGUGCUUCCGGCUCCGUCGUGGAAAUAAGGUGCAAGCCAAGACAGCGGGAGGCUUGGUUGGCGGUCGCCACAGAGCCUUGA